AUGGCCUCAAUACCAACAACAAGACGAGGGCUCGCCGCCGCCAUGCGGGGAGCCGUGAGACCUCGGUCUCUCGAGCAACAAUUUCAGGCACUGCGACUAAACGCCAAGGGUUCUAGGUGCCUGUCCACCCAGUCCUUCCAGGCCGCUCCCGAGAUUGAUUCCGUGAAGCUCGAGGGCACGAUUCGAGCCAGACACGCCCGCGCGGUACCAGUAUCACCAUCCUACUUCUCGCGCACAUCGCGGUUCAACGACAGCUAUCUCGCCCUCGACAAGCUGCUCAGGAUCUACGGAAAUCUCCCCACCAUUCCCGCCAACGCCGUCGAGCGCGUGUCUUGGAAGACCCUGGACGAUUUCAGACAUGCCGUCGGUGAACAGGUCAAGGCAACCGACUAUGUAAAGUGCCUCGCCAUCGUGAAGCGGUUACAUCAGAUUCACCCGAAAAUCAAGCCUGCCCCGGUUAUUCAGGCGUUGAACGACUUCAAGCGGAGUGUCCAGGCCUUCAGCAACGAAACUGUCAAGAAAACGCUUGAUAAGUACGGGCGGUCUUUGGGCAGCGGCAGGAGGAAAUCGUCUUCGGCCCGGGCUUGGCUUGUGGAGGGCAAUGGGGAGGUUCUGGUCAAUGGCAAGACCCUCGCGGAUUAUUUCGGACGGGUUCAUGAUCGCGAGAGUGCCGUCUGGGCGCUCCAUGCCACUGGUCGCAUGGACAAAUACAAUGUUUGGGCACGCGUGGAAGGAGGCGGUACCACAGGGCAGGCGGAGGCCCUUACGUUGGCCAUUUCAAGAGCUCUCAUGGUUCAUGAGCCUGCUCUGAAACCUGCAUUGAGAAGAGGCAACUGGUUGUGUCACACGCGAUCCAAGAAGGGUGGAGAGAAAGAAGCAUGGCCGCGUGAAGGCGAGAAAGAGACCUGCGUGGGUCAAGAGAUAGAGCGGUUUAGUGGAAGCAUUGAGCUGUCUUGGGUUUCGCAUAACGGAUCGAACCUGGGCAGGGUGCUGCCCCAGUUUUUCUCUAUAUGUAAGCCUGACUUUGUCACAACCAAACUACCAACCAUAGAUGCGACUCAAGGGUUUGUUCGCACGGGCACUCCCAUAACUGUACAAUACAAAGCCAUCGGGGCCCUCCGGUUUACAGAACACAACGUGCCCAGUCAGUCAAGGAGGGAAGGAGAAGGCAUCUAUAACGAGCCAUACUAUGCCUGA